AUGGCACGAAGACAAAACGGCGGGCUCCUCUUGCUGCAUCACCCAGAGAGAGAGCACACGUCCUUGGCCGCAGUCACCAUCAUGUUCUCGUCUCCGCAUCGUGGGCGCUCUCCCGAACUACGGCCCCUUCCCGAAUCUUCAAGUACUCCACAUACCGGUAGCGUCCGAGCCGCAUCGCCGCCGGAGAGCGCUCGCUCAGGCACUCCUCAGGUUGGCUCUCCUGCCCCCUACGCUCCCGGGAGCCCGUCAAUACGACAGAUUCCAGCUCUCACCCAAUCCAACGCGGCCGAAAAUUCACAGUCAAACAUACCGCUCCCCGGCCUCGACAGUACGAAAUCACCGCCUGGUAGUGUCCCCGGAGAGUCUGCCCUGGCAGCCGCGUUUAAAUCUGCCUCGAAAGAAAGCCCUCCUCGAUUCGGAACACCGCCGCCAAUACGUGCUCUCUCACCUGUUCCCUUGAAUGGGGACUCAAGAGUGCCUCGGAGCAAUUAUGGUUCCUUUGACGGCAGAAGCAGUCCAGCACCGUUUGAGGAUCCGGAAGUUAUUCGUCGACAUCUUGUCACCGCUUCGGGACGAAAUUCGGUUUCAAAUUUCGCCACGAACUCUGCCGAAGGUUCUUCCUCGCACCGGGGACGAGAAGGCUCUGCGGACCUAGGCACGGAUACCUCGACGGGCCCGGCUCUCGACCGAGACGAAUUCUCCAGUUUACAGCUCCAGGGUGGAGAUGUGACACGGCAGAUUUACCGGUGGUCGGAGCAACAGGAACAUCAAGGCUCAACGAAGAGGAGCAGAAGCUUCCAUGAGCCGCGUCCAAGACCAGACGAACAGAUAUUGGAUAUCGGAACCAUCAAACAGCCGGGAGGAUUUCGUCGUAACCAUCUCAGGCGGCAGGCUGUCUCCCCUUCACCGGAGCGGAGUAUCAUCGGGCCCGAUGGAAGUGUCGUAACCGAGCAACGGAGACCCCGUCCGCAAGUUUUCACGGACAACUUCAUCGAAUUCCUGAGCCUCUACGGGCAUUUUGCCGGAGAAGAACUCGAAGAAGAGGAGGACGAAUCGGAUGCGUACUUCACCAGCGAAACCUAUGAGGACGAGUACGAAGAAGGCGAAGAAGAGCCACGCGAGUAUGGGGAAGAUAGCGCCUUGCUUACCCCCGGACGCCGGAAGAAACGAAAGGAGAAGCCCGAGCACGGAGGCUCGCCGUCGACAGCCGCGCUAUUGCUUCUCAAGAGCUUCGUCGGUACCGGCGUCCUCUUCCUCCCUCGCGCGUUCCUAAACGGCGGGAUGCUCUUCUCGAGCCUUGUGCUGCUCGUCGUCUCCGCGCUGAGCUAUUACUGCUUCCUCCUGCUCGUCGGCACGCGUCUCGCCGUGCCGGCGAGUUACGGUGGCAUGGGCGAAAAGCUAUUCGGCAAGUGGAUGAAAACGAUAAUAAAUUUCUCGCUCAUCAUCAGCCAACUUGGAUUUUCGUCCGCGUACAUUGUCUUCACGAGCGAAAAUCUCCAGGCAUUCAUCCUCGCAGUUUCGAAGUGCAAAACACGCAUCGACAUCAAAUUCAUGAUCUUGAUGCAGAUGAUCAUUUUCCUCCCGCUGAGCCUAUAUCGGAACAUCAACAAUAUUCAGAAGCUGGCGUUGGUAGCCGACCUCUUUAUUAUGCUUGGUUUGAUCUACCUCUACUACUACGAUGUUAUAACCUUGGUCGGCCAAGGGGGCAUAUCGGAUGUUAAGCUCCUCAAUCCGCGAGAUUGGACGUUGUUCAUCGGGACAGCAAUCUUCACCUUCGAGGGAAUUGGACUCAUUAUCCCCAUUCAAGAGAGCAUGCGCCAGCCGAAGAAAUUUCCACCGGUGUUGGGGGGCGUCAUGGUCAUCAUCACCGUCAUCUUCACCUCGAUGGGUGCCCUGUCCUACGCCGCAUACGGCAGCAAGACGCAGACCGUCGUCAUCCUCAACCUGCCGCAGGAUGAUAAAUUGGUCAACGGUGUCCAAUUCAUCUAUUCCCUCGCCAUCCUCCUGUCCACCCCCCUCCAAUUCUUCCCGGCCAUCGAGAUCACCAGCAAAUAUAUCUUCCCCAAAACGGCGAGGGGCAAAUACAACCCGAGGAUCAAGUGGAAGAAGAACGUGUUCCGCUUCUGCAUGGUCGUCUUGUGUGCUAUGAUUGCUUGGGUUGGCGCGAACGAUCUCGACAAGUUCGUGGCGCUCGUGGGAAGCUUUGCCUGUAUUCCCCUUGUCUACAUCUAUCCGCCGAUGCUACACUACCGCGGCGUGGCAACUAAGACUUGGCAGCGCGGUAUAGACAUAUUCCUGAUCGUCUUUGGGGGAGCGGUUAUGGUAUACACGACGGUACUGACCGCGAAGAGUUGGGUAAGCGGCAAUACGGAGAAGCAGCCGGGCUAUUGUGAUCAGCUCUGA